AUGGGUAUGGGACAUCGAGCAUUGUUUGUUUGGGUACUGCUUCUGCUGGCUCUGAUCUUUCUUGUUGUCUAUUUGGAUGGUGGUCUCGAUGGAGAACCGUCGCUAUUUUUUGCCGUUUUGUUAUUCUUCGAUGCGAUUUUUUUAUCUUUGAUAGCUAUCAGAGUAGUGCGUCACUAUCAGAUAUGCGGUGUUGGCCGGCGCCGUGCUGCUGUUUAUUCGAUUAAAAUUUGGCGUGAUCCAGGUGUUCUGGCUUGCAGUGCCAUUCUGGCUAUUCCUUUCUGUGCUGAUUGCCGAAAUGACACAUCGUCUUAUAAGCAUACAUAA